UGAGGCGUUUGGGGCUAUUGCGAGUAUGGUUUUGAUGUUUUUAUAUAGCUACGGCUUGAUCACAUGAGAUUGACCCAUGCCAUCCUUAUGAUAGCGUCGACACUUGAUGCUUAGAUAUGCAGACACCACAGUGGCUGCCUCUUUUAUGAGCAUAAAUGUUUUUCCACAGCCUGGAGAAAGCCACUUCACUGUAUGAAGAAGUGUAUGAAAUACUAAAGAAGAACAGUGCCACUUCAUCGCAACAGAUGACUGAAGUUAUUGGGAAACUAGCCACACUCUACAGACAACAGAACAGACUUGACCUUGCCGAGCCAUUUCAAGUUCAGUUUGCGGAGCUGAAGGAGAGAGCUCUGGGGCCUCACCACCUUGACGUGGCUAGGGCACUCAACAACCUGGCUGUCAUGUACUCCAUGCAGGAUGAGUAUGCCAAGGCCCUACCCACCUACGACCGUGCCCUGAAAGCCUACCGAUACAACUUCCCUGAUGACCAUCCAACCGUGUCCACAGUUGUUCAGAACAGACAACUCGCAGCACAUAUACUCUCUCAACUUUCUUAACACAUCACCACACCAGUCACUUCAUCACUGUCUUACUUCCUCUUCUCUUGCUCUGUGUCUCUUCUCUGUUUCUCUGUUAUUUUUCAUAACAUCAGAACAUCA